GUUAACAGUAGCACAGCCCCGCUAAGCUUGCGCGUGUUGAGCCUCUCAAUCGGAGCGCGCGUAACUCUGCUCUUUGUGACCCAACCAAGUCCAUCCUACUCAAAAUAUUGCAGAAAACUCUCUCUCUCUCUCUAUCUCUAUCUCUCUCUCUCUCUCUCAUAGAGUUUGUACGCAACCCUCAAGUCUCACAGCCCUCUGUUAAAAGGCUUCUGGGUCACUGUUGAUCUUGUUGCUGUGAGAGGUGUUUAGAGGUUCGAGCUGUGGACUUAUUUGUUAAUGGCGAAUUUGGUAGGGCCUAGAUUGUACAGCUGUUGUAAUUGCAGAAACCAUGUUUCCCUUCACGAUGAUAUAAUUUCCAAGGCUUUUCAGGGAAGACAUGGCCGAGCUUUUCUGUUCUCCCAUGCGAUGAAUGUCGUUGUUGGGGCAAAAGAAGACAGGCAUCUCUUAACUGGUCUGCAUACUGUUGCUGAUAUCCACUGUGGUGAUUGCCGUGAGGUGUUGGGAUGGAAGUAUGAACGAGCUUAUGAGGCAUCGCAAAAGUACAAAGAAGGGAAGUUCAUAUUUGAGAAGUCAAAAAUUGUGAAGGAAGAUUGGUAGCAAAGGGUUCUGCCAUUUGUUCCGAUUGCUGUAAUUAAGCUAAGUGUACCAAUAUGCAGUUCCUAUAUAUGUAGUAUUUGUGUUUGUACAGAAACUUGGCAUUCCUUGACAAUCUAUCAUUGUUUUGUGCGGUUUGAUUCUUGCCGUCUGCUUUGUGCAAACGUUGUAGAUGGAAAUCAUCAAUCAUCAAAUUUAUGUGUAAAUAAACUAUGGCAUUUCUCAAGUAUGCUAUUUUCUUGUAAUAUAUUCACUAAUCAGUUCUAUAUGCUGCUUUAAUGUGUGUGGAGAAAAGCAAUAUCCAGAUUAGACCACGAAACACGCAUAUCCUCGCAGAAGCGAAGCAGAUGCCCUCACUGUCUCAUGCAAAACGUAUGAGUCUGGUUGCUUCUCAUCUUUCACGCAAGGCGUCUUAUUUUCUGAGGUCGUAAUGCUUCAUUUGUGUCUAAAGAUUAUGUUUUUGUUGAAGUUCGUUGGUAAAACCGUUCAAUUUAUGGGCUCUCUCCGCAGGGAAUCAAAACAAACACAACACAACCAAAAGGUGAAAACCAGCAGCAAAAUGAUUACUUUAAGACUGUCGAUACAACAUAGCAUGUUGUAUACAAUGUCAAUGUCAAUAAGCGACACCAGAUCUCAAUGCAGGUCCACGUAUUCCCAUUGAUAAGAGCUAAUCUCGGAAUCCUUAAUUUUUCUGCUGGUACCAACUGUAUCAACAGAACUUUGAGGUAUACUUAUAGAAAGCUCCUUUGGGUUAUACAUGAAUCCCCGUGAGGAAGAGAUCAUUGAAAUUCCGAGUAGUCCAAACCGGAAUCCUGCAGCAACUACUGGGCAGAGUUCUGCCGAUAUCGAUUAUGGAAAAUAUAGACCAAGUAAUUCAUCUAGCGAAUUCUUUGCUGGGAAUGAUGUGUUUCUACUAAUGUUGGGUUUAGCUGUCUCAGUGGAUCCUUUAUUCUUUUACAUUCCUAUACUCAACAAAGACAUGAAGUGUAUCAGAUUGGACAAAAAGUUGACACCAGUGGUUCUUAGUUUGCUAUUAUUCACUUAUAUCUUUUACGUACUUGACAUUAUCUUUCAACUUCGAGCUAUACACGAGGCUGUGAGACGUGAGGAUCAGGCUGCGAGACGUGAGGAUGGUAUCGCUAAGGGGUGGAGCAGGAGUUAUGUAUUAGCUAAAAAAAUUUGGGGGUCAUGCCUCUUAAUUGAUAAUUUUGGGUGUUGCUCCUAUUCCACUUGUAUUUAUUCGCUCUUUUGCAAAAAUAAUGAGGGGCUCGAGGUCUAUGAGGAUGUUUCUGAACUUCCUUCUUGUGCUGCAAUACAUGACCCGGGUUCUACGCUUUGAUGAUUUUCGUAAGAAACUCGAGAAGGAUAUAACCAAAACCAGUCUAGCAGCUAUGCAUGGGAAAACCUCCAGACUAGCAGCUAUGCAUGGGAAAACCUGUUUGCAGUUUUUAUAUCUGUUAUCGGCAUGCUAUCCGUUUUGAUAUAUCUCAAAGCAAAUUUGCAGGUUGGUACUGGCUACCAAGUCUUCGUAUAAGCAUUUGUAUCAUCAAAAAAGUAACAUGCUUGAAUGCUGCGUCUUCUUCUAGGUUUGGAUGCUUCAAAAUGUGAGUGAGAAAGAGUUUGUAAGUGUUCUGCGAGUAUCUUAAGCCCGUGAUUUAUAAGACGGACAACUUUAUUGUUCGAAAGGGGGAAUCAUUUGAUAAGAUGUUUUUCAUCACUCAAGACUACAAGUGAUGAUGGAAGGGGUUCUUCAAGCGCUGGUAAUACCGUUAGCGAUGGGUGCUUUCAGUAAGGAAUUUUAUGGAGAAGAACUUCUCCAAGCUUGGGCAUCAAUUGAAAGGACCUUCUUUCGCUUGACCAAAAAUGCAAGGUGCUGCACAGAAGUUGAAGGAUUUACGCUUACGAUCAAGGACAUGGAAAGAAGCAGAGAAAAAAAUACGAGGAGAGAAUUGAGCUACAUGAAUGAAGGACGAAUGAGUUAUAAGUUAGGGUGCGUUUGGUACGCAGACGGAACGGAACGGAACGGAACAGGACGGGACGGGACGGGACGGAACGGAACGGGACGGGACGGA